AAACAUUGAGGUUCUGUUCAGUUCUGCCGGUUGUCCAUUUCUAAACUGUUAAACAGAUUUACUAUAACAAAGAAUAAUGAUUUGAAGCGCUUUAGUGACUACUAAGUAACUUGUAAAAGUAGUGGUUACUCAAUUAUAUAAUUCCCAUAUUUAUUGAAAGAGAUAUUGUUAGUUUAUGUGCCUUCAGAUUUUUGUUGACAGUUUAUACGUCUCCAACUAUACACGAAUAUUGUGUUUUAUAUGUCUAACGAAAGAUUUUUUGCAUUCCACGUCAUUAAAGGUGACAUAAUCAACAAUUAUAAUAAUGGCAGAAAAAUUACGAAGAUAUGAGAAAAUUGAUUUUCUUGGGGAAGGACAGUUUGCUACAGUUUACAAAGCCAAGGAUACAGAAACAGAUAAAAUUGUUGCUGUGAAAAAGAUCAAAGUGGGAAGCCGAGCUGAAGCUAGAGAUGGCAUUAACAGGACAGCACUUAGAGAAAUAAAAUUAUUACAAGAAUUAAAGCAUGAAAAUAUUAUUGGAUUGUUAGAUGUUUUUGGUCAUAAGUCAAAUGUGUCCCUAGUCUUUGAUUUUAUGGAUACAGAUUUGGAAGUGAUCAUAAAAGACAACAAUAUAGUACUAACACCAGCAAAUAUAAAGGCAUAUAUGGUACAAACUCUGCAAGGACUCGAUUAUCUUCAUUUUAACUGGAUCUUACACAGAGAUUUGAAACCUAAUAAUCUCUUAGUUAACGAAGAAGGUGUAUUAAAGAUUGGCGAUUUUGGAUUAGCUAAAUUCUUUGGAUCACCUAACAGAAUAAAUACUCAUCACGUGGUAACAAGAUGGUACCGAGCUCCUGAACUACUAUAUGGUGCAAGAUUAUACGGUACUGGUAUAGAUAUGUGGGCAGUCGGAUGUAUAUUGGCAGAACUACUUCUUCGAGUGCCUUUUUUACCUGGUGAAUCUGAUCUGGAUCAGCUCACUAGGAUAUUUCAAACAUUGGGUACACCAACUGAGGAAACCUGGCCAGGCAUGACCGAUCUGACAGAUUUUAUCCAGUUCAAGCCAUUCCCAGGAACACCCUUGAAGCAUAUAUUCACAGCAGCUGGAGAUGAUCUACUUGACUUGAUAGCCAGUCUAUUAAAUAUAAACCCCUUACAAAGAUGUACAUGCGAUCAAGCCCUUCAGAUGCCAUACUUCUCCAAUAAGCCAGCACCAACUCCUGGACCCAGGUUACCAUUACCAACUACUGUAAAAAGACAACCCGAAGAGAAGCCUAGUCUCAAGAGAAAAUUAUUGGAAUCCAUGGAUGGUGCGUCUCUUGCAAAAAGAUUACAAUUCUAAAUAUAAAUUACUUGUGGUCUCUAUAAUCAUUGUUAUACAGUUGAACAAUAGGUGGAUUCAUUCCCCUGUAAAUUGUAUUGUGAUCUAAUAAAUAAAAUUUACAUUUUUCAUAAAA